CUGUGCCUUUCCGAUCUUUGAUGAGCAGCUCAGACUUGGGUUCUCUGUCUAUUUUAUCGGGUGACCCGGUUUCCCUGGCUCGAUCGGUUGCAGUUCCAGCGGGCGCACACUCCGACUUUUGCUAUUCGAGUGAUAUUGGGCUGCGGUGACGUAAGCGAACGGGCGCGCAUAAAUUUUCCAGACGCGGACACAGGAGCGAGCUCGCGUAGACCCAAAACGGUCCAACCCAGAGAGAGAGAGACGCAUACAAGCACGCAUACCAAGUAGUCGUUUGCAAAGCACUCGGCUGCUUGUCGCGCUCAGUAUCGGACCCAGCUGAGCUGUUCAGCGUUUAUCGGUAGUGUCACCGAACAGUCCCCGCGCUCACGGAACCGCUGACCCAUGUGAUACUGCAGCGUUGUGAGCGCGGAAGGGAGGGGGGCGAGAGACAUAUUUUCCCCUCUGGAUCUCCACUCGGUAGACUGGAGAAGUAGGUGAUCACUUUGGAGAGAGAGAGAGAGAGAGAGAGAGAGAGAGAGAGCGCUGGAGGGGGGGCCGGGAAGAGUCGCGAGCGUGGAUCUCUCACCGUCGCAGUCCUCCGCGAGGAUGUAUCCAACAGCGAGGCUCCGUCAAUGCAACGGAAUCACAUGUGCCCCUGUGAUCUAACGGCGGUUCCGUUCUUUUCUCUGGGUUCGGAUGGUCCGCGCGUUCCAUACGCAAUUCAACCGAGAAAUCAACGCACACCAGCCAUGGCGCUGGUCAUGGAACCCAUCAGCAAAUGGUCCCCAAAGCAGGUGCUGGACUGGAUGAAAGGGUUGGACGAUUGUUUGCUGCAGUAUAUGAGAACGUUUGAGAGAGAGCAGAUAACUGGAGAGCAGCUGCUUCACAUCACCCAUCAGGAGCUGGAAGAGCUUGGAGUGACCCGCAUCGGACACCAGGAGCUCAUUCUGGAGGCUGUGGACUUACUCUGCGCACUGAACUAUGGUCUAGAGACCGAGAAUUUGCGGACUUUGUCACACAAACUCAAUGCAUCCGCUAAGAAUCUGCAGAACUUCAUCACGGGCCGCCGCCGCGGGGGACAUUAUGAUGGACGGGUGUCGCGACGCCUUCCCAACGACUUCCUGACUUCAGUCGUUGACCUCAUUGGAGCAGCUAAAAAUCUACUAGCCUGGCUGGACAGGUCUCCAUUUGUCAGUGUUUCUGAGUACUCAGUGCUGAAGAACAACAUUGUUCAGCUCUGUCUAGAGCUAACCACAAUAGUACAGCAGGACUGCACAGUGUAUGAAACUGAGAAUAAGAUUCUACAUGUGUGCAAGACUCUAUCAGGUAUCUGUGAGCACAUUAUUUCACUGUCGUCUGAUUCGUUGGUGUCACAGUCUGCCCACCUAGAGGUUGUCCAUUUGACGAAUGUGAUGCCUAGCGAGGGCCUGGGCAUGUACAUCAAGUCCACAUAUGACGGUCUUCAUGUGAUCACUGGAACCACAGAGAAUUCUCCUGCAGAUCAGUGUAAGAAGAUCCACGCCGGUGACGAGGUCAUUCAGGUCAAUCACCAAACUGUGGUGGGCUGGCAGUUGAAGAAUUUGGUCAACUGUCUCCGUGAGGAUCCGGGUGGAGUCAUCCUCACACUGAAGAAGAGGCCACAGAACACUCUGGGCUCCACCCCUGCACUGCUGAAGAACGCCCGCUGGAAACCACUCGCCCUGCAGCCGCUGUCCACCAGUCCUUGCAGUGGUUCUCCCACCCCACCCAGCACACUUGGGUCAGUGGGACUCUCACCUGGAGUGGACAUACCUGGGGGACAUGAUGUUUUUAUUCUUUCCCCUGUCUAUGGACACAGAGAGGAUGAUCUGGAUCGGGGUGGGUUUGGUGUGUUUGGCUCAGAUUCUCCAGGGUAUUAUGUAGAACAGGAAGUACUUGGGGGUCAAUACUUCCCCCUCCUGGAAGAGGAUUCUGGGAGAAAUACCGGGCUGCGACGCAGAGACCGGACUCCAACUCACAGUGAUGUCCGACAGGUUUCAAUGGGAACUGAAUGGCUGGCAGAGCCUCAAGAAUCUGGAGUUUACAAAAGAGGAAGCAGAGAUUCGGAUUCCUCUCUCUUGCGGUUCCUUGGUGAUGAUAGGAUUUUGUUGAUCCAGGAAGAGGCAGAGUUUUCCCAGCGUGACACAAGCAGGCGAUCCAGGAAGAAGAGCCGAAAUCCCAGCAGUCCCAGUUUUCCCAUUAGUCCCUCUAUGCUUGCCCCUCCCGUGCGUCUGGACACAGGUCCCCCUGAGGGGCUGCCCUUCCCUGUGCCCGACUCUAACACAAUGCCACACUACCAUAGAGCUGCAGACACACUUCGAGCAGAUGCUGAUAGAUAUGCAAGUUCUGGACUGGACCGACAAGCAGGGGCAUCAAUGAGGAAGUCUGUACAUUAUGCCUCUCUGAGGACCAAGCCCAAGAAAAAAAGCAAAGGUUCUCUCAGUAGUGCCAGCAGGAGGCGUAUUGCCUGCAAAGACCUGGGUCAUGGCGACUGUGAAGGCUGGCUUUGGAAAAAGAAGGAUGCCACCGGCUACUUCACACAGAAAUGGAAGAAGUACUGGUUCGUUCUUAAAGACUCCAACCUGUACUGGUACACCAAUCAGAACGAUGAGAAAGCAGAGGGCUUCAUCAGUCUGCCGGAGUUUCGGAUAGACAGAGCAAUUGAGUGCAGGAGGAAACAUGCCUUCAAAGCAUGUCAUCCCAAAAUUAAGAGUUUCUUUUUUGCUACAGAUCAUUUAGAGGAGAUGAACAGGUGGAUGAACCGUUUAGGCUUGGCUGCGAUUGGCUACACGCCUGAUGAUCCGAUACCACGUCCUGAUGAAGAUUACUGGAGUGAGAGUGACCAAGAUGAGGUUGAUGGCUCUAUGACUCUCAAACAGGAAGCCACUUACCACCACAACCCCUCUGCAACUUCGUCCAGUCCAUUUCCUGAGCGCCAUUUUUCCAGUGGCUCCACAUUCUCGCAUUCCUCCGCCGAGGAGUCCCAUUCUUCCUGCCGAUCCUCCCAUCGAGAACGCCGCUCGUGGCAGGACCUGAUUGAAACCCCCUUGACCAGCACUGGCCUACACUACCUUCAGACCACAGAAGCGGAGGAGCCAGCCCUGCUGUCACCUGACCAGCACCGACAGGCCACGCUCCCUGCCCAGCGCCGGCGUCCUGUGGAACGUGACGGGCCAUUUCCAUUGACGGACAGCGAAGAGUCCCGGCCUCACCAUCACAAUCACAAGCAGCGUAGUCAGAGCCUCCCUCGCCACCGCGACACACACGGACACUCGCACCGCAGCACCCGUACACACGCUCACGCACACACACACGGCACUCUGAGGCCAAGAACUCAUCUCCAUGAGGAAGAGGAGGAGGAAGAGGAGGAGGAAAAGCAGGUUCGCAAAUCUAGCAGCAGGAGGCCUGAGAGCGAAGAGAAAGUGUACGAUGGCACGGAUGGCCUGCAGGAGCUGUACCGAUCACUGGAGCAGGCUAGUCUCUCAGCUUUUGGCCAGCAGAGGCCUUCCACCAAACAAGAGUUCAGGCGCUCCUUCGUCAAACGCAGCAAUGACCCUGCCACAAAUGAACGACUGCACCGUAUACGGGUUCUCCGCUCCACGCUAAAGGCAAAGGAAGGCGACUUGGCGUUAAUCAGUAAGUUGCUGGACGACCCUUGUUUGACCUCGAGGAAGUUUCGUGAAUGGAAGCAACGUAACCACGAGCUCUUCCUGGAUAUCUGUGAGUUCAGUUCUGCCCCACUGGAACCGCCCAGCGAGUCCAACGACCUUUCACCUCUCUCGCCAACGCUGAUGAUGCACACUCACUCUUUCAUAGAAACGCACGUGUGAAACACAGUCACGCACAGUCACAUGCUAAAAUACAGACAUAAAGGUAUAUGAACAAUGUGAGUCGUGCCCCCACACACACUUUGAAAAACACUGUGGAUUCAGACUUUUUCUUUGAAGGAUGACCUGAUACUGCCCUUCUCCUAAGCGCAAGUGAACCAAUACACUGUAAGAUCAAUGUCAAAGAACUGACCCAGCCUCCAGAACUACUGCAGACAGACACACAGCCACUGAAACCGAAAGGCGACUCAAACUGCUCAAACGGAAGCGAAAGUGCUACCUGCACAUUUACGGCUCACUGCAAACUCUGUACAAUAUAUUUCAUCAGGGCCACGUUUUGAGAUGGAUGGAAGAAAGACCCCCGUGAGGUGCCCACUGCAUGCCUGAAGAAACAUCUUUUCAGAUUGACUGACAACCUGUCGAACAAAGUAGGACCGUAUAUAAAAACAAAUAUGUUAUUUUUCUCUCUGAUUGGAGUUUAAAAAAUCUCUCUCUUUUUUCUGAAGAUUUUGCUUGUUAUUUUAUUAUAUAUAUAUAUAUGUAUAAUUUUUUUUUUCCCUUCCCUCGGAAUGCUGCAGGAAGAGCACUCAUGUAGCCAUGGGCAACAGGCUUUACUCUGUUACCAAGCAACACCGCCCUACUGUGUUACUCUAUACAACUCUCAAAGCAAGCAAGAGUGUUGGAAAGUGUGUGUGUGUGUGUGUGUGUGUGUGUAUUAGAGAAAUGAGAGAAAGACAGAAAAUGAGUCAGUUGGAUGCCUGAACGGUCUCUUUUUGAGAGUUUGAUGACAUUUGCAUUUGGGAAAAGAUGAACUCCUGGCAGGUACUAUCGCGUUUAAUUUGGCUUCUUUAGAAGAUUUAUAUUAUAGCUAAACUCAUGCAUGGUUUAAAAAAGUAUUACUAUAUGCUAUCAGGCCAGAGAACAGUCUGUAUAUAAGAACAUAUUAUUUGCAUAGCUGCAUCCUCUGUUUAAAACUGUGAAUUGUACUCGUGAAUGCAAUCUUUUGACUCUUUCUACUCUCUAUUUUUUUCUACAAAAAAAAAAAAGAUGACAAAAGAUGAAAAGCUUUGCUUCUCUGAUGUUAUGACUGUUUUUGCUUGUUUCCGGGUCUUUGCUGGUCAUUACCUCUGAGCUUUGGGCUACAUUCAGGUCGUUAGUUUCUGUUUGCUAAUGUACGUGUUCCUUUGACAGACUCCACAAGCCUAAAGCCAAUGUUAUAUUCCCUUUCGCAAUUCUAGACGUCAGUGGCUCAGGAUUCUAGAAUUGGAUAAAGUGAAACGGGAGAGAAUUAAAGGUUAAAAUACAAAAAAAUCAAUUGGUUCAUUCCCGGCGGUGGAGCGCAAAACGUCCCCUUUCCAAAUGUUGUGUGCGUGUUCUCAUUCAUCCAAAUAACAGACACAUUGGUUUUAAACACAGCUCUGCAUAUGUGCUCAGUGUUACAGUUAUGUUUGAUGUCACUUUUUAGAAUCUUGUGGGAUGUAUUUUAAUUGAAUAGAAUGUACUCAUUCAAUGGCUAGUUAAUUGUAAAUUUCAUUGGAACAAACACACACACACACAGACACACACACACUGCCCAGACACAGACAAUACUUUUACAUCUGUGGUUGAUGCUUUCUUACCAAAGCUACUCUCAAAAUCACAUAUUCCCGUUGCAGUUACCUGUUACACUUCACUGUGUUUCAUCUCAUGAGGUGUUUGUGUGUGUGAGUGAGUGAGUGUGUGUUCCAUCGGGGUUUCACUGUGGUUUUAAGGGCAUGUCCCCCCCUCUUUCCCCCACACGGCUAUGCUGUAUAAGGUGUAAGUUGCACUGCAACAUUGAGACGGAACAUAUUGCUCUUUUUUCAAGGUUUUCUUGCAAAAAUUCCCCUUCUGUAUAUUAAAACACCAGGAAGAGCCUGAUAUUUAUUCACAGUACUACUCAAAGCUAACCCUCUUUGCUUUCAGAAAUAUAAAUACAUAUAUAAAUAAAUAUAAUACAGAUUGUAAAAUGUUAAACUAAUAAACUGAGUUCUCUGCACUCUG